AUGUCAACUCACCAAAUCAAAGCCUCAUCAACCGUCGAUCUUGUUUCUGAUGCCGCACAGAGGCGCAAAAGGAUCGACUCGGGAUUCUUUGAAGACUUGGAUAUAAUUGCGAUUGGAUCUGAUACCAAGUGCUCCGAUUCUGCCGCCGAGAAUGUCAAUAUCACCGACAGAUCUGUUACCGUCCCGGGCGUCUCGUUCGCGUCAUAUACCGGCCUGUAUACGAUAACCAUUGCCAGAUCACACCGCAAGGUCACGUCUGAAGCUCAAUGGGGACCGCUCGAAGAUUACUUUCCCCCAAUUUCUUGUCCAAAUGCUAGUUCUGCUGCUAUCACGACUACGACGACUGCUCACGAUUCCGUCGAAUCCGAGUCAUGCGACAACGAUGAUCUAUCGGGAAAUCUCUCGCCAUCCCAACAACCUCCCGUAUCGCCUCAAUUCACACAAGACUUGCCUUUUGAGUAUGUCCUCACGCUCGAGGAUAGGAGCAAAGUACCAUUAUGGAGAAGACUUAGAGAUAAUCCUGAAUUGGGAAAGGCUUGGACUACCAGACCAUUAGAAUUCUUCUUGCCACGGGCCACCAAGAACAAAAAUACGGAUACAGGUUGCGGGAUAAAGAAGGGACUUGGCGCAAACAUGAAAAAGAACAAACGAUCUCGGACUCUGCCGGAACAAAAUGUUAAACCAGCAUCAUCUCUGAAACCCAAACUGUUUGCAGCAGCGACUUCAAUCACGCACACAACCAAGAUUACGAUCGAACAAUCGACCAAGCGGCCGCAGCGCGCACCAAAGAAACCGGCCGUUCCGAUGCAAAAGCCAAUCUCGACGUCCGUCAAGGUAUCAGCAAGCAACAAGGUCUCGAUACAAAAAGUACUGCACAGCCCAAGAGAUCGUCCCGAGACUGGAAUAAAGAGAAUGGUGUUGGAAAAGGCAAAGAAUGCUGCGAGAAAAAUUGGUGAAAAGAGCGUCGGCAAGUGUCAGAAGAGCAUGGAAAGCAAGAAUGCGGCCAGAACGACCAAGAAGAAUUUGAAUGUGAUGACUGUAGAAAAAAACGCUCUCUGGUAA